AAUCCCGAAUUUUCGUGUUGCGCAUGUUAAAUUGCCUGAUGAUCAUUCACCACCAAAAGAACCUACUAAAUUAAGUAAAUAUGAAGCUGGUUUUCAAAAUAUCCAAAUUCUUGAAUGUCAAAAUCGUGUUGGUGGACGUGUGCAUACUCAUUAUUUUAAAGGUGAUAAAGAACAAAGAUUAUAUGGUGAACAUGGAGCUAUGAGACUACCAAAGACUGAAGAGCAUCAAUUGGUGUUUGAUACCAUUGAUUAUUUGAAUCAGCGUAUUACUAAUAAUGACGACAAGAUUGAUCUUAUUAAGUUUAUCUUUGCUGAUGAAAAGAAAAAGUAA